CCAGAAUCAUAAUGGCUCACGACAUUAUUGAUCCGAGGGGUAUUUGGAGGCGCGCAUAUGAGCUUCUGAAGCAGGAAAAUGAAGCUUUGGUGAAUGAGUACGAGGAAAAGAUCCUGUUAGCCAAGGACCAGCUCAAGUUGAACGGAAAGAACAAAGUCUCACCUGGAAUCAACCCCGAUGAACUGCAUGGAAUGUUGAGCCUCACAAAUGAGAUGAUCAGACAAGAGGAACACAAGCAAGCAUGGAAUCAGAGUGUUAUGACAGGGGUUCAAAUUGUCACAUCAAUGAAAGAUAUUGUUGCCCAGGCAAUAAAAAACUCUCCGGAGGCGUCGUUGGCAUGGGCGGGGUUGUGCCUCAUUCUGCCGGGACUAUCCAAAGUGAUUCGUCGAAUUUCGUAUUAUCCUUCUUAUGCCGUCUGGUUGAUGAGUCACCGCUGCCCUGGUUCCGACGAAGCGUGGAAUGUUCUUGAGGACACUGAACGAUUCCUCUCAGCAGCAACUAAAACUGAACAAUUCUAUGCAGCACUAUCUCAGAGAGAUCAGAGAUGCUCUUACACUAACACUCCCAGGCCCAGGCUUGCCCUUCGUCCGAGACAAGGAGGGUUUUGUAAGCCGGGAGCGUUAUGUGGUCUUGGUGGGGCGGGCAAGAGUCGGAUUGCUCUGGAGUAUAUCUACCAGAUGCAUGAGCAGGAUCCGGACUUGUGCAGCUUUUGGGUGUAUGCGGCAAGUAAAUCAAGUCUCCAGAGUUCGUACGAGACCAUUCGUCGUGAAAUACCACCUGAAUAUAUCCGUACCUUGCAAUCCAAUUUCCGCACAGGAGCGGAAGGCAAUGUGGACACCGAGAGUGAGACUAUUUCACUCGUCACCCAAUGGCUACGGUCGGAUCAUAUUUCCCGAUGGCUCCUAGUUGUCGAUAAUGCCGACGAUCUCACUUUCGUCGAUGCAACGCACCCGGAAGAGUCUCAUCUCAUGAAUUUGAUCCCAAGCGCGAGUAACGGAAAAGUGCUAAUUACCUCUCGCAAUGGAAGAGUUGCCGAGGAGCUCGUUGGGUUCGCAAAUCGCGUUGUGAAAGUUGACCGGAUGACGAUGACUGAAGCCAUGGGCUUAUUCCGCAGCAUGUUACCGGACGACCCAUCUUCGAAAGCCGAUAUCGAGGAAUUGGCGGAAGUACUCAUGUGUCUUCCACUGGCAAUCAAACAAGCAUGCGCGUAUAUUAGGGCAACGUAUACGACUGUAAGCGAGUACUUACUCCUGUUUAUGGCUAAUGAAAUGAACCAAAAGAUCCUCCUGGAGGAAAACUUCGGGGAUAAUACUAGGCGAACUGAUGUGCCAAAUGCGGUCAUUUUCACCUGGCAAAUGUCGUUCGAAAAGAUAAAACAGCAGGUACCGGUUACUGAUGCCAGUGAAAUCUUGGCAUUCAUGGCCAUGGUCAGUCGAGAGGAAAUUCCAAUGUCUAUCCUGACCUGUAGGUGGAGAAAAGGAGGGAUUGCAUUGCAAAGGGACAUUGGAACGUUGCUGAGUUACUCCCUUAUUACCUCGACCUCUCAGAGAAACAACCAUUUCAGCAUACACCGCUUGGUUCAGCUUACUGUCCGCGCCUGGCUCGAAAAAAGAGGCGAGCUGGAAUAUUUCCAAGCUGCAGCUUUGGAAGUUAUCCAUGGCUUAUUCCGGGAAGCAUUCUCCCAAGAAGAUUGGCCACAAUGCCGCUUGCUAUAUCGACAUGCUCAAACCGUCUGCCAUUAUGAGUAUGGGGAGAAAAGGUACCAGGAAAUGAAGAAAGAAUUGUUCGAGGACAUAUACUACUACAGCCACCCUGGUCCAGCUCAAAUGGACCCUUUCCAAGAUUUAGAAGGGAGAGUACCCCCAGAGCUCUCGAGUUCCCAGUCAUCCAUCAUCGAGUCCCAUGAAUUUCAUCAAUGGAUGCGCGGCGAGGAGAGGGGCUUACUGAUUUUGGGACCCCCUGGGGGAGGCAAAACAAGCGUGUGCAUUUCCCUCAUUGGCGGUUACUUCCCACAGAAUACUAAUUCCCAGGUUCUGCAUUUCCUUUUCACACAUGAGAUGAGGGAAGAUAACAACGUAGCCACUUCGGUGCUGCUUGAGCUUCUGGGCCAACUAUGUCGAGCAUACGCCGAAGGAAGUAGGAUCCCUGACUAUGUCCGAGAUAUAUCACGGCGUAAAGACAGCCUUCCAGAGAUCCUUAAUAUUGACGAACUCGUCUCGGUCUUGGCUUCUGUUGCCGACGAUCUGAAAAGGGAGACAAUUGUGGUUUUAGACGGGAUUGACGAGAUCUAUCCCACGGAUGACUUCGAUGAUGUUGUCAGGUUAAUCAAUUGCUUGCUUGAUCAUCAACGGUUCCGUGUUCUCGCCAGUUCAAGGAAAGCACCCUUUAUAACGGAAGAGCAAAUUCUUCAACGAAUGCGAACUGUCGAACUACCGGGAGAGACAGAUGAUUAUGUGCGAAUUUUCAUUAUGGAAAAACUCUUCUCUUUCACUGUGAGCAACUCUCCUCUGAUAAGCCAGGAACAAAUGGCUGUGCUAUUAGAUCUUCUUGAUAAAAGAUGGAAUAACUUCCCUACUGUAUUUGGGUGGACCACAGUCAUCCCACAUAUGAUCCAGCAAUUAGGAUUCCAUCAGAUAAUCAACAUCAUUGAAAGUACCCCCGAUGGCUCGAUAUUGUCGCUGUAUGACGCUGUUUUUGCGUCAAUGCCGAAUGGCCAGCGAAUGUACGUUGAGCGAAUAUUCUGUUGGCUGACAUAUUCCCUUCGCCCGAUAACCUCUGGUGAGCUGCUGGAAGCCAUCAACUCGGACCUCAAUACCAAUUUCGAUGAAUCGGACCUGAUGGCCAUGUGUCACCCACUCGCAACUCUUACCGUUGUUGGCGAGGAACGGGUGGUAAGCUUCACCCAUAUAUCCGUCAAAAGGCAUGUCCUGAAAGCGCACGCUUCGCUUCCCACAGGUGAUGCUGAUGCGCACUGGAUAAUUCUAUCGUGUUGCCUUCGAUAUCUCCUUCUACAUGGGCCAAAAGUGGGGAAACACGAAAUAGUAAGCGAGCGGCGGUUUGAGCUCCUCUUUUACGCCGCCAAAUACUGGCCGAAGCAUUGGCAAGCAUGUAUAUCGCCCUCUGUAACUGCAAAGGAAACGGACAUGCCUGAGGAAGUCCGGGGAUGUAUGCGGCAACUAUUCGAUCCGACCUCAACUCAGGCGUUUCUUGGUUGGCUUCGUCUCUUCGAUCCGUUGAACCCAGACAGGGGCUACCAGUUGAAGAGGCCAUUGGAGGACUUUCCACCCCAAGCCACCUACAUCGCAGAGUUAAGUCUGCCUGUAGAGAUACUAGUUUCGAUUCCCCACAAAACAGUGGCGACAGCCCAGCCAGUCGUGCCCACUUAGCGACGUAAGGGGUGGAAGGAGAAAGCGAGGGCCUUUUGGGCUAGGAGGCAUUACCUUACUGAUUUGAGCUAGC